AAACCUAAACAACCAAUACACAGGUGAUUUUGUUUUUUUAACUCUUUAACCUUCUUCACUGUUUUUCUUCCAAAACUCGUGAUCCACCUCCGGCGACAGGGAUCUCGCCGGUGAAAUGAACAUCCCGGAAAAACUAUCUUCUCUUUCUACGAACAAUGCACGUCUCUCUUAUAAUCGCAGUCAUGUUUUCCAGGAAAACCUUGAUUUCCAAAUGUUUUUCAACUUCUCCUCUACUCUCUUAGUCUAGAAGUUAUUAGAUACUUCUUCCCUUAAAAUGGAACAUACAUGAUAGAGUGGUUCUUAAAGAUAGAUACAAGUUUUCCUAAGAUUUCUAGUUUCUAGAGGUUUUCCUCCUCUGCUUUGUCAUUCAUGCCUCCAAUGAAGAUCCAACCCAUACCUGUGGAUUCACAGAAGCUAGCGGUGGUUCGGAACGACCCCGUUAAGCCGGUGCUGAAGUCCCGCUUGAAAAGGCUGUUCGUGUUUGACCGUCAGUUUCCGAAUGUGCUCAAGACUUCCUCCUCCUCCUCCUCGGAUAAACCUGCUGCCGGGGAGCCUCCUCAGUCCAACGGUAGAGACGUGGCUGCGGAGUUCGAGCCCAGCUCCGUCUGCCUGGACAAAAUGGUGCAGAGCUUCAUAGAAGAGAGCAACGAGAAACCGGCUCCGACCACCGCAAAAUGUGGUCGCAACCGCUGCAACUGCUUCAACGGCAACAGCAACGAUAGCUCCGACGAGGAGCUCGACAUCUUUGGCGAAUCUAUUUCCUCUGGCUCGUUCGGCGAAGCCAGUGACGCGCUCAAGAGCUUAAUUCCUUGUGCGAGUGUGGCGGAGAGGAACCUCUUAGCUGACACAUCCAAGAUUGUUGACAACAACAGCAAGGUCUACAAGCGAAAAGACGAUUUAAGGAAGAUCGUUACCGAAAGCCUCUCGUCUCUCGGUUACGAUUCCUCCAUAUGCACAUCAAAAUGGGACAAAACGCCAACCUUCCCUUCUGGUGAAUAUGAAUACAUAGAUGUGAUUGUGGAAGGUGAGAGGUUGAUAAUUGAUAUCGAUUUCCGAUCCGAGUUCGACAUAGCACGAUCCACAGGGACAUACAAGGCGAUCCUUCAGUCCCUGCCGUUCAUUUUCGUCGGGAAAUCGGAUCGUCUUUGCCAGAUCGUAGCCUCUGUGUCGGAGGCGGCUAAGCAGAGCUUGAAGAAGAAAGGGAUGCAUGUUCCGCCGUGGAGGAAGGCGGACUACAUGUUAGCCAAGUGGCUCUCCAACUCCUGCACCAGGGCAAAUCCGCCGUCUUCCUCUAACGUCAAUGGGUCGACGGAGAACUUGAGCGUCGGCGACGGUGCUGCGGCCGAGAGUGAUUGUGGUGAAUUAGAACUGAUCUUCGGCGAUAAAAUAUCGUCGCCCGGGUUGGAGACUUGUUGCAGUGGCGAGAGGAACUUGCCUCCGGUUGCGACUCCGCCGUGGCAGCCACCUGCAUUGAAAGUGAGGAGUGUUGAGAGAGGAACGAAGGUGGUCACCGGAUUAGCCUCUCUUCUCAAGGACAAGCCAUAACAAAAUUUUGCACUUAGUUUUUUGAAGAAAAAAAAAGUUAAUUAAAAAUUAAAAGUAUAACCAAAAUAUUUGGAUAAGAGCGCCCUUUUUCUUUUGCCCUUUCAGUUUUACUCUUUUUUUUUUUCUUUUUUUUAGUGUUGCAAGGGGACUCUGUAAGAAGCAUCAAUGAGUACUCCAUGUAAUAAACAUGAGUAAAUAUUUGCAGAAUCUAACUUUAGAAGAACAUACAUUGUUUA